CCUACCUAGAUUUAUUUAAGUACAUAAGUACUUAGUAUUCUUUCAUCUUCAUACACAUAUCUCAUGUACAGUGAUGUACUACCAUACCUACCUAGGUUAAUACAUGAACAUGUUGCCAAUACUCAACCCGCGAUAUAAUAACGCGCCGAUACAUAGUAUCCACAACCGUCGCCUUAUUCAGUUCGGCAAUAUGGCUGGCAAUAUGGCUCCUAUACAAACUGUACCAAAGGAGGUUCUGGCCGAUAUCAUCCGCCUAGUCUGCGACUCUAGUCCCCAAACCGCCUCUUCACUCCUGACCGUCAACCCAAUAUUCCAUGACUUGACCUUGUACGCCCUCCAUCGCAACCAAACAUUCAACCCACCCACCCUUCUCCCAGCUCUUGAACGCAUUGAUCGCAGUAAUCGGUGGCGUGCCAUCCGAGCCAUCAAUCUUGAGUCAUGUGAUUGGCUUGACGUCUCAUCCGGUGCUAUCUGUGAUGCUCUGUCGAAAACCACCGGCUUGCGAGACAUACGACUAGAAUUCUGCCGCGCACAUUUUCAAAGCGGCUUAUUCGAUGCCUUAAGCAAGCGGCCCCAUCUUCGAAUACACCUUAAGCUAGACGGCACGAAUCCGUUUGCGAACUCGGAGUCCAUUCAGCUCUUGAAUGGCAACCUCAACCUGGUUUCCUUGGAUGUGGUCCAUGAACCUACGCUCGCGGUUGAUUGCAUUCGAGUGACCAAACCCCUAAGAGACGUCCUGCUCACGUGUCUUAAUCUUCGCCACCUUCGGCUAUGCAUUUCCAUGGCUAGCCUCCGGCGUGAAGAACAACGCCAAGACCUCGGCUUUGGCUUCCGUUCCGGCGAGCGACCUCCAGCGCUCGAAUCAUUAGAGAUACUCGAUUACUCUUGGCGUGGGCAUCUCCGGCUGGGAGAUGGUAGUCACGUAAUUCCAAAUCGUCAAGAUAACGAGGAACUGUACUGGGCUCAAAGUUUUGACUGGUCACGGAUGACAAAGUUGCGCGCCCACGAUGUCAAAUACUUGGCGAGACCCAUACGCACUUGGACAUCUCUGAAGGAGGUGCAGAUUACAUCCCCGUUUGAAGCCAGAAGGGCAACACGGAGUUUCUUCCUACAAGUGCCGAGUUUCCUUGAGAGUAUCAAGGUCGGAAGCCUAAGAACGAUUGGCUUGCAAGGUCUACACAGACACGGGGAAAGUCUCCGUGUACUUCACCUGCAUGAGGAUUUAUUUGGCAAAUGCCAGAGUCCUACGUGGUCAAAGUCAGCUAUCCAUACCAAAGGUCUUAGGGUUAUUCGCGAUAACUGUCCUCAUCUCGAGGAACUAAAGAUUGAUGUAUACCGAGCCAACGCUCUAGCGGAUGGUCUCAGCGAUGUUUUGGCCACAUUUAGACACCUACGUUCCGUGACGGUGUGCUUUAGCCUCGUCGAAGAGCAUGGCGAAGUACACAACCUAUCCAGCCGACCCUUCUCGGUAAUUCCCGGGACAUAUUUCAAAAUGGAGAAGCUAGCUUUUCCUUUUGUAACCUUUUCAUCUACGGUCAGGCUAUUCGGGCACAUCCUAGCAGGCCCGGGACGACUGACGCCUUCUUCCCUGAAGCAGCUUACUGCUGUUGUCGGGGGCCCACUGCUUCAACCAAGAAUAGCGUCUCCCGACUACUUACGAUGGGUGGACGAAAACACAACCUCGUUUACAUGCAAGAUAUCCGAUCGGGACGACGCGCGUGAUAGCUGGAGAUCAUGCCUCAUGACGGCAGCUUGCCCAGAAUUGACCGACGAAGAGAACGCCAUUCUACAGAAAGCUGCCACUACACACGAGGAUCUGUUACAUCUUGUGAAGAAGAGCCCGGACGGCUUCAGGCGAGUGUCGAAGAAGUUCAAGCUCGCGGAGUAUGGACCAACGCAGCCGUUCCACUGGCCUCUCCGCUAUGAUGAAGGGUGCAUAGUGCGCGGCGGGGUCAGGUUUUACCGCGAACGGUCGUCUGAGAUGGACGUGAUCAUCGAAAAUGAAGAGGAGUAUGUCUCGUGGAAGUGCCUCCAGGAUAAGGAUGAUACGCGGUCGGGCUCUGCAGCAGAGUCGGAACCAACCCAGGCCCAACAAUAGGUAGGUGGUAAGCACAUCUGACUACUAGGUGCCCAGCUUAUCGGAUUUCAGUUUCAGUGGUGGGGUUAUAUAAUAUGGUUGGCCUGCUGACAAGAGAGGGGGAAAGAGAGUAAGCCGGAAGGACGAAUGACUUAUCUACCUACUAGGUAGUUGGGUCGGUCAUUGCCUUUUGCCUUUAAUGAGAGUUGAGGAAAAUCAGGAAAGGAAAGGAUAAGUAAUGGAUGCUGCGAUGUAAGUUGUUGACGGUGGGCUACUACCUAGUAGGUAUAUGGCCAACUUUCUGCUUAAGUUAGGUUGGGCAGGUUUCAUUUUGAAGUCUUUUGAGAUACCCCAGAUCAGAUUGAAUUCAGAUUGAAUUCAGAUCGAAUGCUUGCUCUAAC